AUGGACCCUGGGAUGAUGGGUGUGAUGAUGCCCUAGGCUUAAAUGGUCAUGAAUCAUACCAAUCAGCUCAACAACCUGUAUAAGACACAGCUCUGCAAACACUUUCAGCAAACUAAGCAAUGCCAUGUGGGUAAGAGAUGCCACUUUGCUCACGGAGAACAUGAACUUCGAAAAAGGGAGGAGCCCUUACCUCUAGAAGUGACUAUGAGAAUGAUGAACAUCCCUUACAAUAAUUUUAAGACAUAGACAUGCAAAAACUAUGAAAAGGAAGGCAAAUGCAAGUUUGGUGACAAGUGCUCAUAUGCUCAUGGUAACACAGACUUGAGAAAUCCAUAUGAAAACAUUCUUUUGCAAGGUGGAAGCAGUCCAAGGACUACUCCUAUUGCACAACAAAAUCCUUAAGGCUAAAUAAGUAAUCAGAUUCCAUUGCAAACUCCACAAUAAAUUGCAGUACAACCCCCAAUCCAGUAGGUAAUAUCCUAAAGUUUUAAUGGCUUUAAACUUCAACCAAGUCAUUCAUUGCCAAAAAUCAAUCAUCAAGAGAAUCCAAAUAUGUAUCCAACAAAUCAAACUCCUAAUUUAUAAAAUUUUGGCCCCUAAUUUAGUUAGAGACAAAUGUAACAAUACACAAGAAGGGUUUCAGAAAAUAAUCUUUAUUUAUAAAGUAGCUAAGGCUUAGGAAGACCUUAAAUUCUCUAUAAUCAUAUGGGUAUGAUGCAAACUACUAACCCCUAGAACAUCUAUCAUAAUUAGUAGUAAUAUUUGCCCAUGCACCAAGCCUAGUAAAUUCAAAACAACUAUUAUUAAGAUGCCUAACCAUAAUCUUUCUCACCUCCUAAAUAGUAAUACUUGCUUAAUUAAAACUUUGUUGAUGAUUUUUCCCCGCUUGAGCCCCUCAGAAAUAAAUCUUUGUCAUACGAUAAUUCUCUUUCAUGGAGUGGUUUUCCAUCAUCUGCAGGAACUAAUAACAGUAAUGGAUUCAACUAUAUGCUAAUCAACCCUUCAUUAUACGACACUAAUGAGGAGAGAGCUGAAUAGCAAGCUGCUGUUAAUUUGUCCUUCUAAUGUUAGUGA